AUCCGAGCAACGGCCCGGCGGAGGGAGAGUCGACGAGAGCAGACGACGCCGGCGUCGCGCACUGGUGUCUGCUACGCUUUGUGGGUUUGCUGUUCGCCUCGGCGUUACUGGCGGUACUUGGAGGUCUUUGCCAUUCCGAGUCGUUGCGUCGACGUGCUGUCUUUUCUUUUUCGUUUUUGCGUAAUUGUCUUUUGGAGAAAUCGGAUCAGCGAUGCUACUUGGGUGUCGCGUGUUGCCGGAUAAUCCUCGUGUUACCGACAGUUUGUGGAGGUCGUCGUGCGGCGUCUGUUUGUGAGCGACUGUUUUCUGCCAAAGAAAGGCCAGUAACCAUGACCGCGGUCAGGUGUUGCGCGCUUCAUUCCCCUGGGACGAGCGAUGCGGCUACAGGGGUUCUUCGGAGGAGCUAACUGACUUUCGGUGCGGUAGGCUGCAGCUGCUGGCGGAGGAGGCACCCGCCUGCCCGUGGAUGACUGCCCCCGCCCGGCACCCGGCUUCCUUGGUGGCUGGCCAAAGAUCAUGUCCAGGAGAGCAUUGGGCAGCUCCAGCGGCACCUACCACGUGCGAGCGUCCGAACUUGCCCGCGACGUCAAGAGCGUCAAGUCUCUCCGCUGCAUCGUCUUCUUUCUGGACGACACGCAGCACACCUUCGACCUCGAGAAGCGCUCCAAGGGCCAAGUUCUCUUCGACCUUGUCUUCCGGCAGUCCGAAUUGGUGGAGAAGGAUUACUUUGGGCUGCAGUUUUCGGAGAAGGCCUCUGCUGUUGAUGGCAUGAGGUGGCUCGAUCCUGUCAAGUGCAUUAAGAAGCAGAUCAAGGUUGGCCCUCCAUACUUGUUGUACUUUCGCGUCAAGUUCUACGUUUCCGAUCCAAGCAAGCUGCAAGAGGAGUGGACAAGGUACUACUUUUUUCUCCAGUUGAAAAAAGACAUCCUCGAAGGCAGGCUUGUCAUUCCUCCAGCCACUGCAGCACUCCUGGCCAGCUAUGCCGUCCAGUCCGAACUGGGAGACUACAAUCCUGACGACCACAAGCACGGCUACCUAGCCGACAUGAGACUAGUGCCUCAUCAGACGGAAGAACUCGAAGAGAAGAUUGCUGAACUCCACAAAUUGCACAAGGGCCAGAAUUCGGCGGACGCGGAGUUUAACUUUCUGGAACAUGCUAAAAGGUUGGACAUGUAUGGUGUUGACUUGCACAAGGCGAGGGACUCUACGCAGGCUGAGCUACAGCUGGGUGUGACGUCCUACGGUCUAGUGGUCUUUCAGAACAGUAUACGAAUUAACACCUUUUCUUGGGCAAAGAUUGUGAAGAUUUCCUUCAAAAGGAAGCAGUUCUUUAUACAGUUGAGAAGAGAAGGAACGGAGAGCUACGACAAUCUGCUGGGCUUCAACAUGCUGAGCUACCGGUCCUGCAAGAACCUGUGGAAGUCGUGCGUGGAGCACCACACCUUCUUCCGCCUCAACACCCCCCGUCCAACCACCAAGCGGUUCCUCUUCAGCCUCGGAUCCAAGUUCAGAUACAGUGGCAGAACGGAAUACCAGACGCUGGAAGACAUGAAGAAGCGGGGACUGGAUGACCGGCCCUUCCUCAGGUCCCCGAGCAAGCGGUGCGUGCGCCAGACCGUCCCGACGCCCACGGAGCCUCGGGAAAAGAAGCCGUCCAAGAGCAUUCCCCGAAUGAACGGAACGUCCAACUCCCACGUCCGUCCCUACGACAGCUUCAGCCACAAAGUACAAAUAUCCGGGCCGGAGUACCUGCCUCGCAAGGCCUGGGCAGAGACUCCCCUGAGCGAAGUCCAAGCCUUCACACCUGCCAUUCCCCCAAAGAUGAUAAGAUACGCCGAUGACGACUCCCUUCCUGAGCUCAUCUUGGCUAACGGUUCGGCGGGGCCGGCCUUGGACGAGCCCUGCUCGGGCGGUGGGGGUCAGGUGCGGGUGAGGAUGCGGGCGGACGCCGAGGGUCGGUUCGGCUUCAACGUGAAGGGCGGCGCCGACCAGAGCCUUCCCAUCCUGGUGUCUCGGGUUGUGCCCAACACGCCGGCGGACACCUGCCUGCCCAGGCUCAACGAGGGUGAUCAGGUGCUCCUCAUCAACGGCAAGGACGUCGCGGGACUCUCUCACGACCAGGUGGUCAAGCUCAUCCGGGCGCCCAAGGACAACGGGGAACUCGUGCUCACGGUCAAGCCCCAAGUUUAUGCCGGCGAGCAGAUAGAGGAGCCAGACUUCCAGUACAUUCCGGACUCUACGGUGCCUGCCAGGGGAGCACGGAGCGGAGCACUCGCGGAGUCUAUGCUCCUCCUUGCCGAGGGUCUGGAGAGCGGAGCCACCAUCGCCCAGUUUGAGCAACUCUACCGCAAGAAGCCGGACAUGACGAUGAAGUGUGCCAGGCUGCCUUGUAACCUGUCCAAAAACAGAUACAGAGACAUCUCUCCAUAUGAUGCCACAAGGGUCAUUCUGCAGGAGGGGACAUCGGGAGAUUAUGUUAAUGCUAGCUAUGUAAAUAUGAACAUCCCUACAUCGGGCAUUGUAAAUAGAUAUAUUGCCACACAAGGUCCAUUGCCCAACACAACGAUAGACUUCUGGGAGAUGGUGUGGGAACAGCAGUGCACCCUGGUGGUGAUGCUGACAACGCUGGUGGAGCGGGGUCGAAUCAAGUGUCACAAGUACUGGCCGGACCUGUACGAGACGGACACCUACGGGCACCUGCAGGUGUCGUGCGUGCGGCAGAAGGAGACCCCCUCCUUCGCCUUCCGGGAGUUCACCCUCAUCAACACACAGAACCGGGAGGAGCGCCACAUCUCUCACAUGCAGUACCUGGCCUGGCCGGACCACGGGGUGCCCGACGAUGCGUCGGACUUCCUGACCUUUGUGCAGCGGGUGCGGCGCAGCCGGGACGGCAUGGUGGAGCCCACGGUGGUGCACUGCAGCGCGGGCAUCGGCCGCACCGGAGUGCUGGUACUCAUGGAAACAGCCAUGUGCCUGGUGGAGGCCCACGAGCCGGUCUACCCGCUUGACCUCACCCGGGACAUGCGUGACCAGCGGGCCAUGCUCGUGCAGACCCCUAGUCAGUACAAAUUCGUGUGUGAAGCUAUCCUUAAAGUAUACAAUGAGGGCAUAGUGAAGCCGCUGCCCGAAUACCAGAGAUGUCUAACAACCACAGUCUGAGGGAAGCCCACAUCAGAUCGAGCCUGCAGCCAAAAGCGAGAACUGUGCUUCGUGCUCUCCUUUUCCUCUUUACCGUGUUCCCGUGUGUUACCGACGGCAUAACCCUCUCCUCGCUCGGCCCAUUUGAAACCACCUGCACCUUACUUACACAAGUAUGAAGCUUGUUCGACUGGAAAAAAGAAACAAGAGAAAAAAGUAUGAUAUCCCGACUUCAGGCGCAAACAUUGUUGGAGAAUAUCGCUCUCCUUCAUCGCGGCACACUAGCCCCCCCCCCUGGAAGGGAGGCCAUUCACUGCACCGCCUUUCGUCACGAAGAGUUGUGGAAAAUGCCUCGCACCUCCGGAAUGGAAGCAGCAGUGUUGCGCAUACGUUGGCUAGGCAAGUGGCGUGUUCAUGUUUUCGUGGAGACUGGCGUGUUGUGCGAGCUUCUCUGCCAAGUUUAUACUUUGAACACCCCUCAAAAAAAAAAAAAAAAAACUGUGCCGGUGUAUUUUUAUAGUGCGCCCAUCCCCGCCCCCUCUUGACCUUCCCGAGGUUGGUUGGUUCUUUCUAGAACUUUUUGUACAUAAAGGUGGAGUUUGUCGUUGUAGAUAAGCUGUGUACCGGUGUGUUUGGCAUGCGUCAUGUGAUAGCGAGAAUGCCGACCUUCUUACAAAAAAAAUUUCCUUCUCCAUCUGGCAUGGCAUAUUUGGCGGUUUUUGUGCUGUGUCGUGCGGUGGCGUAGAGUGUGCUCGUGUACGAGCAGGCACAGUGCAGAAUGAUACUUUGUGUCGUUGCCUGGCACACAAAUUAUGAAGCCAACGUAAAGGGAAAGAAUGGGCGUUGCCAGAACAGAGUUGGAACGAAGCUGUAUAGAAGCUAUCGGUUUCAACCAUCAAAUGUGUCGGGGAGUUUGAAAACAAGCAGAGGCAGAGAACGUUUUAGUGAAGCCCACAUUUUGAACUUGCAGAACGCAGAGUGUCCUUCCCAGGAGCUGCAGAGCGUGUCGUCAAUCUGCGAAGCAUCUCAAAUGAAGUUAACAAAGUAUACAAAAUUUAAGUGUCUUGCAAGGAUGAUCCUUGAAGUACUAUAGACUGCCAUUGCUGUUAGUGCAAAGCAUUUCUCCUUGGUUUGGACAUAUCCACAGCCACAUAUCUGUCCCACUGCCAAGGUCCUCCCCCUUUUGUACUUAGCGUACACCAGUGCCCUGUAGGCUGGAUACCGAGGCUGUUCAGAGGAAUGUGGACUGGUGAAUGCCGCUUCAAGCCAAAAGUUUUUAAAAAUGUGCAUCCAAAGUUUCUUUUGGAUGGGAACGGUGUACAGCUGGCUCUUGCCAUUGGUGUGUCUAACCUAAAGCCCUGUGCAAAUGUAUCUAUCUACCUGUGCGUGCCAGAUUUUUGCGGGGGACACUGUUGUACAAUAUCCUCUACUAUGUUUUUGAAUGAACUUUGCCUGCUUUCAAUGUGUCUGACUGUUUAAGAGAAAUGUCUGCUCCUGACAGAUAUAAAGAGAUACUGUGUUUGGACAGAAGCAAAUGCAAUUAAAAAAGUUGAAUGAAA